CAAAAAAGGCGAUUGGCCUCCGGUUCCUGCAAGAUCUCGUCUGAAAGUGCGUCCUCACCACUCCUCCCCUCUUGAACUGACAUCCAUCAAACGCAAGCCACUGCGUGACAUUACUGACCCUUGAUCUAACCCAUCCCUCCCCCGCUGUACCAUCGUUCCACGACGCAACCAACCGCAAAACGCCUCCAAUGUUCUCCAAGGCUCUCUCCGUGGCUGCCCUAGCCCUUGUCGCACCUGCUCUGGUGUCGGCCCAGACUUCGACCACCUGCAACCCUCUCUUGGCCACCUGCCCUGCCGACCCUGCCUUUGGUAAGGACACUGUCCACUGCGACUUUACCAAGGGAGAGUGUGCUGCCUUUACCAACAUUGGUGGCACUGCCAUCGAGUAUGGUGAGAAGGGUGGUGUCUUUACAAUCCCCGGCCUCGGUGUCGCUCCCACAAUCGCCACCGGCAAGUACAUCUUCUUUGGCCGCGUUGAUGUUGAGGUCCAAGCCGCUCCUGGCGUGGGCAUCAUCACCAGCGCUGUGCUUCAGUCUGAUAACCUUGACGAGAUUGAUUGGGAGUGGAUCGGUGGUGAUAAUGCCCAAGUUCAAUCCAACUACUUCAGCAAGGGCGACAUCAGCACAUACGAUCGCGGCGCCUUCCACCCCGUAGUCAACCCCACGGGCCAGUUCCACGUCUACUCUAUCGAGUGGACUCCCUCUUUUGUCAACUGGAUCAUCGACGGCACAGUUGUUCGCACCCUCACCUACGCCGACGCCAAGGGCGGCUCAGCCUUCCCCCAGACACCCAUGCAGGUCAAGCUGGGCACUUGGGUUGCUGGCCGUCCCGACGCUGAGGAGGGUACCGUCAUCUGGGCCGGCGGUAUGGCCGACUUCUCCCAGGGUCCCUUCUCCGGUUACUACAAGAGUAUCUCUAUCGUCGACUACGCCGGUGGUGAUGCUCCUACGACCAAGAGCGUGAAGGAGUACAUCUACGGUGACCAGUCUGGCAGCUACCAGAGCAUCCGAACUGCUUAAAGAAAAUAAUGAAAGUUAAUGAAAGAGUUGGAUGAUUUAAUGAGACUGGUAAUGAAAGAGGGGGACCAAUAAUGAGGCCGGCAUCGCAUUUGACAUUUGGCAUUAGACUAUGAACAUCAAUCAAUAUAUAUGACCCAAUUC